UGGCGGAGCAAGCGAGAAAGCGUCCCGGAAGGGAGCUGUGGUCGUUGUGAUUGGUUCCUGGUCACACCGUGAAACGGAAAUAGCCGGCACCUUGUUGGGAUUCAGAUCUUUACCAUGGAGUUCCAAGCAGUGGUGAUGGCAGUUGGUGGUGGAUCCCGCAUGAUGGAUCUGACCUCAAGCAUCCCCAAAGCUCUCCUUCCUAUUGGCAAUAAACCCUUAAUAUGGUACCCGCUCAACCUGCUAGAACAAGUUGGUUUUGAAGAGGUCAUUGUGGUUACAACGAAAGACGUUCCUAAAGUGCUAAACUUGGAGACAAAGUUGAAGCUGGAUAUUGUGUGUAUUGAUGAUGCCGAUAUGGGGACUGCAGACUCGUUACGACAUAUUCAUGCGAAAAUAAAGACAGACGUGUUGGUUCUGAGUUGCGAUCUGAUUACAGAUGUUGCUCUUCAUGAAGUAGUGGACUUAUUUCGAGCUCAUGAUGCCACACUCUCUAUGUUAAUGAAGAAAGCUUAUGAACCAACAGAGCUUGUACCAGGACAAAAAGGGAAGAAAAAGCUAGUGGAGCAGCGUGACUUCAUCGGAGUGGAUGACUCAGGAAAGAGGUUGCUCUUCAUGGCCAACGAAGCAGAUCUAGAUGAAGAAAUUGUCAUUAAGAGAUCCAUCCUUCAAAAGCAUUCUAGAAUGCACAUCAGGACUGGACUGAUGGAUGCUCAUCUGUACUGCUUGAAGAAAUGCGUGGUAGACUUCCUUGUGGAGAACAAGUCAUUUACAUCAAUCAGAAGUGAACUGAUUCCAUAUUUGGUUAGGAAACAAUUUUCUUCUCCUGUACCCUUGCAACAGGCACAAAAUAACAAAGAGCACGACCAAAAGAAAAAGGACCAGAAAUCUUUAGAUAUCUAUAGCUUCCUGAAGGAUGAUAGCCUGUUUGAAUUGGGUACAGGCCAAAUGUGCUGGAACAAUCGUAGAGGAGACAUGAAAGAGGCAUUCCACGGAGGGAAGAUUCGUUGCUAUGUUCACAUCAUGGAACAUGGGCUGUGCUACCGAGUCAACACCCUUGGGCUGUACAUUGAAGCUAAUAGACAGGUUCCUAAGAUGCUGCCUUCACUUUGUCCAGAAGAACUACUAGUUCACAGCACUGCACAAAUAAUUGACAAAUGCCUGGUUGGAUCUGACAGCAUUGUAGGUGCUGCUACACAAGUAGGAGAGAAGACUGCAGUUAAACAUUCUGUUAUUGGCACUUCAUGUAUUAUCAAAGACAAAGUUAAAAUUACUAACUGCAUCAUCAUGAACUCUGUCAGAAUUGAGGAAGGGUGCAGCUUGCAGAAUUGUGUUGUGUGUCAUAAUGCAGUGAUAGAGAAAGGAGCUGACAUCAAGGAUUGUUUGAUCGGAAACAGCCAGCACCUGGAACCCAAAUCUAAACACGUUAAUGAAGUUAUUAUGGGUACUGACCAGCUGAUGGAAAUCUGAGUUUGGCAGAAAUGAAGGAUGGUUUUCUGGCUGCCUGAACCAGCGGCACAGCUAGAGGUUCUGUUUUGUGAACUUGCUCCUGGCAUCACUGAUAGCCUCUUCUGCUCCAGCUUCCCACUGACACCUUAAUAAAGAAAUAUUUACAGUG